AUGUUAAAAUUUUGUUAUUAAUCACAAGAGGUUUAUACUUUUGAAAAUUAUGAUAACUUGAUGAAUUCUUUAAGUUUAGAUGAUUUUCAAUCAGGAAAAUUUGAUUCGCCUAAUAAUAUGAUUACUUUCAAUAUAAAUCACAGUAGAUGUAUAAGAUUAAGUGAUCUCCUAUUUUACAUUUAAAUAGACUUUGUUAGGAUUCAAUUUGGUUAAUUGCUUCAUUUAAUUCUAUCUAUAUUAAAAAAGGUAGAAUUAAUAGAAAGCUAAGGACUUGAACAUGAAUAUCUGGAUAUUAAUAGAAUUUGGCUGUAUUUUAAAGAAGAAAGUUAAUAUCCAGGUCUAAUAUAUUAAAUAUUACAUUAUUCAAUUCAUUUCACUGGAUAUUCAUGUCCAUUAAAGUAUGUGUUUGGAGUAAAAUAAAAAGCAUCUAUUUAAAUUCAAGAAAUCAUAUGUUAAAUCAUUAAUUCAUGUUCAAAUAGAAUAAAGUAGUAAAAAAAUAAAGAUAAGAACAAAUAAAUAUGCGAAGAGAUAUUAGAACAAAUUUAUGCUUUAUGUAAAACAAACUCAAGUAUUCCAGUAAUCAUCCUUUAUCUUGAAAACACAAUAUGUUUUUAUAAAGAAGAUAAAUAUAUUGAGAAUAAGCUUGUUUAAUUAUUGAAUCUUGAUGAUACAGAUAUUGAACCAGAAAGAUAAAAAGUGAUUGGUGAAGUUAAUAAUAUCAUAAAAUAAAUUAUUGAAAUUGGAAAUACAUAUGGAUAAGUUUGUGUUGAAUUAUUAUUGUAAGAUGCAAUUACAAAAAUAACUCAAAAUUUGUCAAAUUUUUCAUUCAAUAGAUAGAGUUAUGAAACCUAUGCUUAGAAUAAAUUCAAAUAAUUACAAGAUUAAGAAUAAGAUCUAUAAAUAUUAGUAGAACAAUAAACUAAAAACUUGAUAAUAUAUUUUAUUCAACAGUACGAAAAGGAUUUUAAAUUUGAAAUAGAUGAAGAAGAAAUCAUACAACUUCAAUAAUAUAUCGUUAAAUCUAUACUUUAAUCUCCACAAGUUAGACAUUAUUAUAAUACGUAUUAGUAUCAAAAGGAUUCUCAAAUUAAUAAUUAUAUAUUUUCAGCAAUAGGAAAAAUUUAAUAACAAAUUAUAAAAGAUGGAGUAGAAUCAAUAUUCAUGUACAAAAUAUUGUUAUUGAUUAACGAUUUGAUAUGA